AUGGAAUUUUUACAAAGAGGAUAUAAAGGAUUAUUAGGUGAUAAGGGACAAACGCAAUCUGCAGCAGACACAGUCAUUAAAUUAUGUGAUCGUGUAAACAAUUCUACGUUGUUGGAGGAUAGGCGAGCAGCCGUGUUAGGUCUAAAAGGUUUAUCACGCGAGUAUAGAUUGUUGCGACUAACUACAUAUUUUGUCGCGCCUCAAAAGGAAGUAGGAGAAAGUGGUCUACCCGUUCUUUUACGCAUUCUUGAUGACGAUAAAGAUGAUAUUGAUAUAGUGAAGGCAAUUUUGGAAGUUCUUAAUAUUUUAUGUACACCGGAGCGUCAGGAGGAUUCUUCUUCAAAUCAAGAUUUGGGAGUUCGAUUCACAGAUGAAUUGGUAAACGAACCAAAGAAUAUACAUUUGUUAUUAGAGCUCUUGAAGCAAUUCGAUUUCUACGUUCGAUAUCACGACGUACAAUUGUUGUCAAAGCUUUUGAUGAUUCGGCCAGAACGAGUGCAAGAAUGUGUGUUGACUGCUCCGAUGGGAAUUCCGCGAUUAAUGGAUUUGUUAAAUGAUCGUCGCGAGAUUAUUAGAAAUGAGGGCCUUUUAUUGUUAAUCGCCUUAACUGAAACAAAUGCUGAAAUUCAAAAAAUUGUCGCGUUUGAGGACGCUUUUGAAAAUUUACUGGAAAUUAUCGCGGAAGAGGAUGGCUUGCAUGGUGGAAUUAUUGUUCAGGAUUGUUUGCAAUUAAUUGUUAAUUUGUUGAGAUAUAAUGUUUUAAAUCAGAAUUCUUUCAGAGAGACGAGUUGUAUACAACGUAUUCCCGCGCUUUUGGGACACCUGCUUCAAUAUCAACAAAAUUCCACUUAUAAAGAGCCCAUUGAAUUUCUAACACAAGAUUGGCCCGAACAACUUGUCAGUAAUACAUAUGUACUACUGGAGCUUAUCAGAAUUUUGGUGGUUCCGAAUAAUACAAAUACCGUGAAAAACCAGAAUGUAAUGCAUCAAUACAGCGUGCUGAAGCCGAUCAUUGAACUUGCACUGGCUUCAAAUGCUCCUUCUCCAUUAAAGGCUCAAGCUCUCUACGCCUUGGCAGAUCUCAUUAGGGCAAAUCAAGCGAGCCAAGAAUACCUAGAAAAAAUAGUGAUCGCUAUCCCGCAUUUGCGAGAAACACCACCGCCUUAUAAUGAGAAAGCAUUGCCGCCACAGUCUUAUAAUGAGAAAGCAUUGCCGCCACAGCCUUAUAAUGAGAAAGCAUUGCCGCCUCGGCCUGCUGUGAUGGCUUUAAUUGCAAUAGCUGUUGGAGCUGAACAUGUGGAGAAUUAUGCUACUCGUGCUGCUGCUACUUACGCUUUUGAGUGUUAUAUAUGUAAUAACCCAGAAGCACAAAUAGUCGUGGCAUCUACAUUGACUCCUCCCCCGGAUCUUAAUCCUGAUCCAUAUGUAUUAAUAGCAAAAUCUCAAUCAGCUGGUACACUAUUACUCUCUGCCAUUCUUGAAUGGGAAGAAUCCGCUGCCGACCCAUACGUCGUAUGGUUUGCAUCCGUGAUUUUCUCGCAUAUCCUAAAAAAUAACGAACGUGCCAAAGAAUUUGCACGACUAAUAGAUACGGGCGAUGUUGAAAACGAUGAGGAAGCAGUCUCAUUGUUACACGCCAUCGCGGGAAAUCUGAUGAUGGCUACUCGUCAAAAUGCGGAUGUGCGCGUCUUGAUUGGAUAUUUGUGUUUAUUAUGUGUUUGGUUAUGGGAUAGUCCAAAAAGUGUUCGAGAUUUUCUGUCAGAAGGGGCUCAUUUGCAAAUUCUCAUUACACCAAUAACACAGUCAUCUGGUGUUGAUACACGAGUGCAAGGCCUUUGCGCAUUUUUAUUGGGGAUAUGUUACGAGUUUAAUGAUGAAGAGGAUGUCCCUAUUAACAGAUCUACGCUUCAACCGAUAUUACAAAAUCGGAUCGGUGUGGAUCAAUUUAUUAAUCGGAUUGCGCGACUUCGAGAAAUUCCCAAUUUUAAGCAUGCUUCUCAGUAUCUACAGGUUACUCCAGAGGAGGAAGAAAAGGGACUCCCUGAUUUAUUUUUCGAUUAUUCAUUCGUAGAGUUCUUUAAGAAUAAUUACGAAAUAAUCCAAAGGUCUAUUACUGUCGAUCCUAAAGCCGGGCCAGCACCACGACGAAGUGCAGAUUUAAAUGGUGGCAAUGGAAGCUCGUCGAAUGAUUACUACGAUAUAUCGGCAGCAGCGUCUGCUGCUUCGGCGACCAUCGUGUCAUUAAAUACUGUGAUCCAGAACCAGGAACAGCAAAUUGACGAGAUGAAAGAACAGAUAAGUAAACUUAAAGAAUCGUUAGAAGUCGAGAAAACUGUCUCAGCCAACGAAAUAGCCUCAUUAACCGCACAAAUAUCGUCAUUACAAUCGUUAGUCACAACACAACAAACAAAACAAGCGACUUUGGAGAAAGAACAAGAAGAUAUAAUGGUGCUUCUUGCCGACCAGGAUGAGACUAUUAAAAAGUAUCGUAGACGGUUGCGGGAGUUGGGUGAAGUGAACAAAGGAAUAUCGGCAUAG